UCACCGUUACGACAUUCUCGGUGUUUACCUCUAAAGAUCAACGGUGGUUCUGAUCAUGACGUGUCUUCCGAUGUCGCUUCUCUUCAUCUUCUCGAAACCUCUCCUGAACACACUUGGCGAGCCGGAGCAAGUCGCAUCACUGGCUUCCCUCUUCGUCUACGGUAUGCUCCCGGUGAUAUUCGUUUACGCGGUUAACUUCCCGAUCCAGAAGUUCCUCCAAGCGCAGAGCAUUGUUACGCCGAGCGCUUACAUCUCCGCCGCCGCUCUCGUCAUCCACCUCGUACUCUCGUGGACCGCUGUGUAUCGCUUAGGGUUUGGUCUUUUGGCUUUGUCUCUGAUUCAUAGCUUCUCGUGGUGGAUCAUCGUGGCCGCUCAGAUUGUUUACAUUAAGAUGAGUCCCAGAUGUCGACGGAGUUGGGAAGGUUUUAGCUGGAAAGCUUUCGAAGGUCUUUGGGACUUUUUCCGGUUGUCGGCUGCUUCUGCCGUGAUGCUCUGCCUUGAGUCGUGGUACUCUCAGAUUCUUGUUUUACUCGCAGGUCUUCUCAAAGACCCUGAGAUUGCUUUGGAUUCUCUCGCUAUAUGGUAA